AUGACUGUUAUUAAGUCAGAAUGCACACACAUCCUCUUCCUUGGCAUGCAGUCUAUCCCACACCUCGGAGCGCAGCGAUCGGUAUCCGUCGCGAGGAGGUACUGCACUGGUUUCGCUCGGGGAGGCACCAUCCGAGGGUCUAUCAACCUUCCCGCCCAGACUCUAUACCCUAUGAUCCCAACAAUCUAUUCUCUUCUCAGCCAAAGCCCGGUUAAGGAGGGCCGUGGAGUGCGGGCCGCGAGUUGGUUUGCCGACUACAUUGAGCUACAAGGAGAGACUCGGUUGAGAAGUCUCGUACUGGAAGGGGGGAUUAAAGGAUGGGCAACAGCAGGGAAAGAAUACACGGAUUUAAUGGAUGAGUACGACGCAUCCGCAUGGGCUGAGUAA